CUUCAUUGGUUAAAGAAACAAACACAGAAAGAAGAGGAAGAGAAGGAAGUGAUGGCUGUUCUAAUCAAUUGCUGCCUCAACAUCUCCCCUCCUCCUCCUCCUCUUCUUCUUUCUUCUUCUUCUUCUUCUUCUUCUUCUUCUGCACCAUUAAGAAUCAAUCGAAUUCCAAGAAGCUUAUCUAGGCAAAGGCAAGGGAAGGAGGAAAGUGGGUCAUGGAGAAACCAAGUAAUUGUGGGUGUGGCUUGCAUGAUCAUUGGCUUUGAAAUGGGACCAUUGGUGGUGAACAAUUAUGAUUAUAAUUGUGCCAUUGCUGCUACUGAGGAGUUAAAGUUCAUUAAUAAUGGUAAAGGAGAUCAGAAAUGGAGUGAGAAGAGGAUGUGCCCACCAUGGAGGAUGAAUUCAUUGGAGACUAUAGUCCCUGAGAACCUCCCCAGAGCCUCAGCUCACCGUAAAUUUGAGGACAUCACUCUUUCUUCCACGGCUCCGUCGACAUCGAGUCUGGUCACUGUUAAAGCUGUUAGAUCCAAUUGUUUCUCUUUGUGAUCCAAGGCUAUAUAAUCCUGUAUAUCAAGACACACCUGUUACAUUCAUUGAAAAGAAAUGUAAAAUAACUUCUUUGUUUUUUUCU